AUGUUAAAACCCUCAUUGAUGGAUUGUCCGGUGGUGCACGCACUGCAAGAAGCAAAAUGUGCCGGCUACGUGAGAUUUCCGAGUGAUUAUGCAAAAAAUUUCGAUAGUUACGAAUAUGAUUUAUGGCGGUGUUUGGGAUUGGAUAAACAAGUGAAAUAUUUUGGCUCCGACAAACUGAGCUUUCGGCUUAUGGAGAGUGUGUUGAACGAGGCGCUGAAUAACUACCUCUUCAUCGGCACAAAUAUCACCGAUGCACAUGUGGAGGAGGCCCGGUCUAUGUACAGAAAAGUACAACGAAUCACUCUCGGUAUUGACCUCUAUCACGAGCCGGAUAUUCUCCGAGUAUAUUCUGGAGAGCUUUUAAAUGACAUUAUCACAAAAAUGCGCUCAAAAAUCGCAUGUCGACAGGGAAAAACGUGUGAUUCGAUCGUUUUCAACGGCUAUUCAUCGCAAGAUCUCCAAAUUUUCCCGUUUCUCGAGAUUUUACGAUCGACAAAGGCGGCUGUUGGCGAUGAUGCUCCAUUGUACACGAGUGGGAUAUUCGUUGAGCUUUAUGCAAAUGGAAAGGAUUACUUUUUAAAAGCAUUUUUCCGACGAGAUCACACCGAUUUCCUCGUCGAUUUGACGCCGAAUUUGCCCGGUUUUCAAGGGGAAAGCUGUGAAUUUGAGUCAUUCGUGUCGGCGGUGAGGAACUAUUCUCAAAAAAGCAACGAGAAAGCUUGUCAAGAUUUGGAGAAAAUCGAGGGAAGAUUGAAAGAAAUCGAGAAAUGGGGAACAAGAAAUGGAGUCGUUUUGAUUGAUCAGAUUGAAAGUGAGACAAUGAAAAGAAUGAAAAGGGUUGAGCUU